UAUACUAUUAUUAUUUUUAUCAUAUAUAUUUAGAUAUAUAAUAAAAACAUAUGGAGGCAAAUUCACUUCCUUUUGCAAAAAUAAUCUGAAUUAUACAGGGUUAUAAUCUCGUUAUCAGCCAUGAGGGUACGUCUUGGGAACCGCGAAAUUUCUUCCGAUGAUUCACUUUGGAGCGCAUAUUUCCGGGAACUUUACCAUGGCGGCGGCGAUGAUGAUGUUGAUGUUGAUGUUGAUGAAGUUAAUAGCAGUCAACGCUCUGACUUCGACCCGUACGAGGUAAAGGAUCAACAAACCCUCAACAAUGAUUAUGACGAUCAUCAUGAUGAUGAUAGUAUUUCCCGAUCUGGGACAAAUAUUUCUAACAUUCAUGAUGGUUAUGAUGACGACCGUGAUGGUGUUCAUGAUGAAACCCUAGUUACCAAAGUCGAUGUGAUUGCUGGUGUUGCAGUUAUUUUGAUUGCUUGUUUCGUUGGAAUUUUGGGACACAAAAUGUAUGAUUAUACGAACCCAAUUGUUACCCCUGAAUUCAAAGUUGAGAUGGCAUCCAUCUAUGCGAUGCAAAUCAAUGCUCAUUAUUUGGGUUUAUGGAAUGUUACGCUCUCUUACGACGUUACUGCCGGAUGGAACGUUAAUUUUGCCGUCAGAAACCCUUCCGAGGAGUAUCUUUUGUCUUACGGUGACCUGGUUGCCAAUGUUUAUUUCUGGUCGGUUAGUCAUCCUUUAUGGGUUGCUAGGGUUUCGGGUUUUGACCAGGCUGAAAACACUACAGAGUUUGUGCAUCUCAAUUUCGCCAGAAAUAAUGUCCUUUUGGAAGAUAUCGCGGCGUAUCGGAUGGCCCGGGAUGUUAGUUUUGGCAAGUCUUCUGAUUUCUACGUGCAGUUACUAGGGAAUGUAACACAAAAGUCGUCAACAAGGGAUGGAGGAAAGAAGCUACCUUUGGAUGUUAAGUGCUAUUUAGAUGUGGAGUUUUUGUGCAAGGAGGGUAAUUUUAUGGCUUUGGCAACACCAACAAUGUGCAAGACAUCUUCACCAAAAAAGUAAUGGUUAGAGUACUCAAGCCAUUGAUGGUUUUUGCUUUUUAAUCCCCUUUUCCUUGUUCUUCCUGUGUUUUUUUUUUUUUUCUCUAUUCAAUUUUAUUUAGACCUCUAUGAAAACUUUUAAGUUUAGAAGAUUAUGUAGUUUAUCAUAGUACUUAUGCAACUUUUUUCUGGUCUAUUUUCUCAUGCUAGUCCAAAACAGGAUGCCAAGUAGUAGAUAAAAGGAUACUAGGGUAUCUUGUUGGUUCAA